UUACUUUGGACAAUACCUAUUAUCAUAAGUUCUCUCUUUGGCUGCCUCGUACAAAUUAGGGUUUAUUUUCAUCAGAGGAGAGAGUAAGAGAAGAAGCAGUAACCAUGGAAAAGCUGGAACAAGUUCAAUGUUUUGGCCGCAAGAAGAACGCCGUCGCCGUCACCUACUGCAAGCGCGGCCGUGGCUUAAUCAAGAUCAACGGCGCCCCCAUCGAGUUAGUUGAGCCGGAGAUCCUCAGGUUCAAGGCCUUUGAACCAAUCCUGUUGCUGGGAAAGAGCCGUUUCGCUGGAGUGGAUAUGCGUAUUCGUGUCAAAGGCGGUGGUAAAACCUCUCAGAUUUACGCCAUCAGGCAGAGCAUUGCCAAGGCACUGGUUGCUUUCUACCAGAAGUAUGUUGAUGAACAGAGCAAGAAGGAGAUCAAGGAUAUUCUUGUUCGUUACGAUCGAACUUUGCUUGUUGCUGAUCCUAGGCGUUGUGAGCCGAAGAAGUUUGGUGGGCGUGGUGCUCGUGCGAGGUUUCAGAAAUCUUAUCGUUAGAUUAUUUAUUUGGGAGGAAAAAGAAAGAGGUGUUUUUGGUUUUUAUUAUAAUUCAGUUUUCGGUUCAUGUUUUAUGCUGUGGAAAACUUUUUCUGUUAUUCCUACUACCAUUGUUUUGACAUUAUGUUUGUUGUUUUAGUUGAAAUUUUUAUUUAGGGUUUUGUAUGCGAUAACUAUCCCAUAACUAUCCCAUAGAUCUAUGUUUUUUUGGUAAUGAAUCUCUGAAGAUGCCUUAUGUUUUA